UUGCUGUCACGUGACUACUCCCAAACCCGGAAAGUGAAUUAUAUGACAGCGGAUCAGUUGACGUCGAAUAGGAUUUAUAUUGAAACAACAUUUGGGAAAGUGUGAAAUGAUUUUCUACCGACGUUUGGUCGAGUCAUUUAACUUUGGAGUCACAUGCCAACCAAUUGCAACUAUUUUCUAGCAUCCGGUGCUGUCGUCAUGCAUCAUAACAGUUGCAUCUCGGUUUUUCUCGUGGGCUUACUAUGUUCCUAUGGAUUUCUGAGCUGUGUGUCUUCAUGUAGUAAGGAACCUGAACCAGAAACACCUGACUGGCGAAUGACAUUAAAAACCAUUCGCAAUGGGAUCCAUAACAUUGACAAAUACCUCAACGUUGCUCUGGACUUAUUUGGAGGUCAUGAUGGAUUGUGUCACUAUGAAUGCAGCGAUGGUAAGGUCUCUCUCAGGCUACACACACAGUAAAUCAUUGUUGGUAGUGGAAAUAAAACAUGGCCAUAACUACUUUGCUCAUUGCUUAUUAUGCAGACAAGCCGUUUACUCAAAAGCACAGUUAAAAGUGAUUAAUGUUCCACAAACAAAGGAGAUAAGAACCACCGUAGCUAUUUUGAGUUGUAAACCAUUAAACUGGUACAGUGCGAUCCCCAACACACUAUGUAGCCUCUGAACAGGUUAUCUCGCUCAACAAGAUAAAGAAGAACUCAGAACACCUCUACCUUUGCUGUUUCCUUGCAGGUUACAAACCAGAACCCCGGCCUGGUUACAAACCACCCCCACCCAAUGGAUGUGGGACGCCCCUCUUCGGAGUCCAGGUGAGCUAGUGUCAUGUCUGACUUCGAUCUAUAGCAGUGGUCUUCCCUAUUAGUCCUGAGGGGGCGCAGUGUGUGCAGGCUGUUGUCCCAGCCCAGCACUAACACUCCUGAUUUAAGCAAUUCAUGGUUUUUAUGUUUAGCGGAGACCUGUGUUUCAGACAGUGAAGCCUGCACACAUUAUAGUGUAUAAGCUAUAGCUGUGGAUCUUCAGGACCAGGAAUUUCACUGCACACCGGAUAGGUGCAAUGAAAUGUGUUGUGUUACAGGGUCAGCCAUAGUAGUGUGGCGACCCUGUACAGCGACCACUGUUUAUAGGAAUGUGAUUACACCUGUCAUAUAUUGCAUUUAAUAUUUGUGAGCAUUGAUCUAAUGGCCAUCUCUUUUGUCUACUCUACAGUUUGACAUCGGCAUCCCGUCCUUGACCAAGUGCUGUAACCAGCACGACCGUUGCUAUGACACCUGUAACCGUGAUAAACACGACUGUGACGAUGAGUUCCAGGAAUGCCUGGAGACCAUCUGUAGGAGAUUACAGAAGAUGUUGGGACUGGCCCAGAGUGUCAAAGGUAAGAUGGCACCUGGGUUAUGUUCAUUAGGGCAUGCAACAGAAAACGUUUUACAACGGAACACGACAAUGAGUGUUUGUCUGUUUUCUCCUGUGUGUUGCCUAAUGAACACCACCCUAAUUCAUGUAUUGACAUGCCCCCAGUGUUGAACACAGAGCAGGACUUUACUCAAGCAUUCCUCACAGUUAAUUCAAUAAUGUGUCCACCAUCUUGUAGCCUGGUUAAAUCAUACUGAACUCUGCACUCACCAUUGUCAAUUGUUUCACUUCACUGGUAAGUGCAGCAUUCAGUCUGGUUUAACCAGGCUAACAAUCUUGCUGGUACGGAAGAUCAUACAACUCAUCCAUAUUACUAUGUGUACUACCUCUUCUAUUACUUGCAAUUUUUGACUUGACUCUUAUUAUUGAUGAUAAACUGGGUGGUUCGAGCCCUGAAUGCUGAUUGGCUGAAAGCCGUAGUAUAUCAUACCGUAUACCACAGGUAUGAGAACUCGUAUUUUUACUGCUCUAAUUACGUUGGUAACCAGUUUAUAAUAACAAUAAGGUAGCUUGGGUGUUUGUGGUAUAUUGCCAAUAUACCAUGGCUAAGGGCUGUAUCCAGGCACUCUGUGUUGCGUUGUGUGUAAAAACAGCCCUUAGCCGUGGUAUAUUGGCCAUAUACCACACCCCCUCGGGCCUUAUUGCUUAAUUAUAGUACUGCAAUGUUGAGGGAGCUAGCACAAGCAUUUCGCUGCACCUUUUAUACCUGCUAUCAGUAUACUGUAUGUAUGUAUGUAUGUAUGUAUGUAUGUAUGUAUAUUAUUUUACUGCUCUAGGGAUAUAAUUAUUGUUUGGAUAACCUUAUUUGCUAUUAUGUAUUGAUUUUUUACCUUACAUUUUUUCACUCUUUAUGCGAUGCAUAAUGCAGAGAACACCGGAAGAAGAAUUAUCAUUUAAUUACCACAGUGAAUUAUUGUAAUGUUUGUUUAUGUGUCAAUUAAUCCCAUAAGGAAUGGGUUGCCAAUUGGCGAUUUGACACGAUUUUUUUUUUGCAUUCAUUCACCUGCUGGAAACUGUUCACGUGACAAAUAAAAAUGGAUUUUGAUUAAUUUUUCUGUGUGUUUCAUAUGUCUGUAUAACAUGAUCUACUCGUGUUUCCAUGUCUCUCUCUCUACAGCGUGUGAGAAUACUGUGACCCUGCUGUUUGAGGCUGUCAUGCACAUGGGGUGUAAACCCUACAUGGACAGCCAGAGAGACUCCUGCAUAUGCAAAUUUGAAGUCAAGAGGGAUCUAUGAGCUGAUAAUUUUGUAGAAUUGUUCUCCUAUGCAAAGGUUGUUUAGUGGUUGUUGUGUAUGUAAUUUGUUUGUUCUGCCACACAUUAUAUGGAGUAUCAAUUAAGAGAGCGAAUAUGAAUGUUUAUAAAAGGUACAAAGAAACUGAAAGACAAAUGUAUGACUACAAGCACAUAAUGAUACAGUGAUAAGGGUAAUGGCUACAUUAUAUUGCCCAGUAAUUGUAUUGUUUUGGUUACUUCAUAAUUAUUUAUAUUGAAUGUGUAAAUAGGGAUGUUUACCUGUUGAUGGAGCCACUAUGGAGUGUUGACCCUGUGGCCUCCCGAGUGGUGCAGUGGUCUAA